AUGGAGUCUAGCAUAAAAUAUGUUCAAUUAGAUUGUUUGGUUCUUAUGAAAAUUGUUAAACAUGUUGAUAGUGAAUUUGAAGGUGGUUUAGGAGACAUUAGUGGUGAGAAUUGUCAAGGAAUUUUAACAGGUCUUAUUUCUAUUGAUGAUGGAAAAUUAGAAAUUACUAAUUGUUUUCCCACACCACGUUUUGAAAAUUUUUCUGAAGGAGAAGAAGUUAAUCCUCAAGUAAUGCAACAAAAUGAUGACAUGAAGCAAAAUGAAAUUCUUGAUACUUUAAGAAAAUUUAGACAAAUGAAUAUGGAUUAUGAAUUAGUUGGUUUUUAUCAAUCACAACCAUUUGGAGCAUGUUUUACACAAGAAAUGGUUGAAUCAUUGUGUGACGUACAAACUCAAGUAACUGAUGGAGUUUUAUUAAUUUAUGAUCCUCUUUUAACUCGUCAAGGAAAGAUUGGUAUUAGAGCCUUGAGAUUAUCACAAAAUGCUUUACAAUUAUCUAUUAAAGGAGAUUGGUCACCGGAUGCCAUAAAAAUGGCUGGUUUGACGUACGAGAAUUUAUUUGAAGAACUUCCAAUUAAAGUUAAAAAUUCUCAUCUUGCCAAUGUUAUGUUUGCACAAUUAGAUAUUAAUGAAGAUGAUGCUUUUUGUGAUUCAUUACAAGAUUUAUCUCUUGAAAAUACAGAUACUCUAGAAAAAGCAUUACGUGGAAUGAUAACAGGCGUUGAUGAACUUAAUAAACAACUUAAUGCAUAUAAUAAAUAUAUGUUUGAAAAAGUUAGAGCAGAAAAUCAGUUGACUGUACUUCUUCAAAAAAGACAAGCUGAAAAUGAGCAUAGAAUAGCUCGUGGAGAACAACCAUUAUCAAUGGAUGAAUUAAAGAAAACUAUAAGAAUGCCUCAAUGGUGUUCCAAGAAUGGUCUUUUAGAUAUUUUCCUUACCUCUUGUGGGACAAAAGCUCAUUCUGAUUUUACACAAGAAGUUGUUAAUGAAAAUAUACAUAAAAUUUUGGCUCUUCAAUCAUUACAAGAAAAUGCAGCUAGUUUAUCUUCAUUACAAAAAUAA